CUAACGCUACCGUUGGUUCUCAAGGUGUUCUUCAAGCUGUUUAUAAUUUAUCUGAUGGUACUGGUACUUGGUAUCAAUGUGCCGAUAUUCAAGUGAUUAACGCUACUACAGCUAGCUCUGUUGCUAUUGCAAUGGUUUCACCUCAUAUUGGCAUAAUUACUAUUUUUGUUGG